AUGCGUAACGUUGCUGAAUCACCAGUACAACUGCCAUGGGAGUCAGAUGAGUGGGCCUGCAUUUUUGACCCUAACCACGAUUCCUUGGAUGCGCUUGUACCUCAGUUUGAGCCCAAGCUCAAAGUGCCGAAGCUGAUUCACGAUAAGCCUUCUGACAAUUUAGUUUCACAACCAGAUGUUUCCAGUUCUGAUUUCGCAAAGCCUUUGUUCAUGGUGGCAGUUUCCAGAAGGAAAGACCAGGUUUGGACAGAGAAGCGAGAAGCUGAGUUGCAAAGAGCUCUCAUGAAAUGGGACACUAUUGUCAGAAAUUGGCCAGAUGAGUGGUGGAAAUGCAAACAAGAACUUUUGGCAUGCCCGACAGUGAAUGAUUCAAUGAACUUGCUUGGAGACUACCUGACAGGGAAAGCGCCGGCAACCCUGUUGAAACGUGCAAACAGUAUGGUGUUUUUGCAUACCACCCUACAACAGUUGGGAUUCUUUUGGCCCCUUGGAGAACCAGAAAUGUACAGGAUCAUUAAGACCUUGCAUUCAACUGGCAACCGCACUAGCCGAUUGAAGUCCAUUCUUGAAGCUGUUACCUUUUGCAGGUACUCCUUUGACAUCAGCGACCUCCACCCGAUCACGGUCAGCAAGCGUUGUUUGGGAGCCACUGGGAGUGAUUUUGCAAACAAGUUGAAUCAAGCUUCACCCUUGACAGUUGCAGACAUUUGGCAUUUGCAUACAUGUUUGGAUAAUGGGGAUGCUUGGGACAGAGUGUUCAGUGGGGCUGCUCUUUUCUGCAUUUACGCACGUGCAAGAUGGAGUGAUUUCAUUCACGGUAAUUGCAUCAGAGUUGAUGUGCUGGAAUCUUCCGGCAAAGUGGCCUACGUGGACAUGGAGGUGCAAACCCAUAAGACCAUGCAAGCAACUGCAAACAAGUUCAAGUUUUUGGAUUUGGUCGCGUCUGGCAGUGGAAUUUUUGGAGAUGAUUGGGUGAGGGGUUGGAUAGAUGCACUCAAGAAUAUUGGUGUUGAUCCUUUUUCGAAUGAGCCCGGCAAGACGUUGAUGCCAGCGCCAGCUGAAGAUGGUACAACUCUUCAACGGGCCUUGGAGAGUGAUGAGGCAAGUGUAUGGCUGAGACUGAUGCUGGGUGAAAACGUUAAACGUAGUGAAAGCACACGGCAGAUCUCAUCACAUUCACUCAAAGCAACCAUUCUUUCGAUGGCGGCAAAGCGGGGUUUGAAACACGAGGACAGGUUGGCCAUGGGGCACCAUGCACAUCCUUUUAGGAUGGCUGACACCUAUGCCAGGGACGCACAAGCAAGGACAAUCCGUUUGAUUGAUAAACUUUUGCUGGAAAUUAGGGCAGGAUAUUUUGAUCCUGACACAACGAGGGCUGGGAGGUUCAACAAGAACUAUGCGCCAGACCCUUCAUUGGAUGUUGGUGCAGUCUCAUUUCUUGAGAGUGAUGUCGAGAGUGCUGCAUUGGACGCCCAAGUGGAUGAGGCGCUGGACAAUGCCGUGCAAACAGUUGAAGAUGGACAGAUAGAAUUAGAGGAAGAUCAUUUUACAAGUUCUUCUUCAGACAGUGAAGCUGAGAGCGUGGAAUACAAUGCACCUGUCAGGAUGUUUUAUCCACCAUCGGCACCUUUAGGUUUCCACUUCAUGCAGAAUAAGAGGACCAAGACUCUUCACCUUGUUGAUGCGAAGUAUCCACAUGGGACUUGUUGUGGCCGGGUGUUGGACAAGAACUUUUCAGCAAUGUGGACAAUAUUGGCUAGAGAGCUGUCGACUGUAAAGCCAGACAAUACGGGAAAGAGACCGCUGGAUGAAGCCAUUUUGAAACUGAUGCAUGACCCUCGCAUCACAAUGUACAUGCUGUCCCUUCCCAACAAAGGGCCAGCUUCCUCAGUGCAGACGAGGCCAGCCAGUACUGCCGCCACAACACCUACCACUGUGCAGCCAAAGAAGAAGGCCAGACCCAGCAAGAAGAAUAGGCAUCUGGACAGCCUCCCAAAUGCAGAAGAGGAGUUCACAUUUGCGAAUCAAUCGGAGACAGUUUCACAUCACAAUUUGUUGCAAGAGAUGCCCAACACGCCUGAAAGCGCUCAGUUGGAAGAUGGUGUCACCGACUCAAGCGAUGCUGAACAACAGACGGCUGAAAAACGUUUCACUGAAGAUCCAAGUGGUGCCACAACUCGAAAGGUUCUGUUUGAAAACAUCCUUUUCUUGGAGGUCUUCGCUGGAACUUCUUCAUUAACAAUCGAAGUGCGCAAAACAAACUUGCGUGGAGUGGCUGUCGACAAAGGUACGGAGAGAGCGAAAGGGCCUAUCACAAUUUUGGACCUCACCAUGCCAGAAGACUUGCAGUUCCUGAUGGAUUUCAUUCGGCAGGAGGCCCUUAACCUUUGCUUGGUUCAUUUUGCACCACCCUGUGGGACCUGUUCAGCCGCCAGAAAAAGGAAGUUACCUUCAGAAGUGCAAGCGAAGUUGAAAGACUCCGGAAUAACUCCGCCACAGCAGUUGCGGGAUCACCCUCACAAGCCAUGGACACCGACUUUGACAGCUGAUGGUGUCCAUUAUCCUACAAAGGAUGAAGCGGAGUAUCCAAAGCUCCUGUGUCAGAGAGUGGCAGCGCUUUUAAUUGCUGAUUUGCAGGCGCAAGGCAUUGAACAACCGCAAACCUUAACACAGCAGAUUGCACAACGACGCACUACAGCAAUCAACUCAGUAGCUAUGGGCCUACUUCCCAGAGGUCAAAAGCUGAAGCCUUUGGUCAGCGAGUUUGGUCAUUACGUGCAAUUUGCUGUCAGGCAGAAUGAAAAGGUGAGAGUAAUUGACAACUUCAAGCAGUGCGGUUUGAACGAUGCUUGCGGAUUGCCUGAGAAAUUCACUUUGCAUGGGGUGGAUUUUAUUGCAGCUUCAUUGAUCAGAGCGCUGGUCUUGAAUCAGAAGUCGAAUCCGGUAUGGUGCAGCGCUUUCUUUGACGACUUCCCAACGAUGGCAGCUGAUGCAGAAGCCGCUCAGACGGAUAAGUGCGUUGGCUUCCUGUUCGACUUGCUUGGGAUACAGUACGCAAAGGAGGGCAAGAAAAACCAACCAUUCAGUACCGAGAUGAGAGCACUGGGCCUCAUCUUCGACCUGGCUGGGUUUGACGAAGGUGUUGUCUUUAUAAAGCACACGCCUGAACGCAGGUCAGAAUUGUUGGAGAGAAUAACAGCAAUCCUGAACUCCGACGAGCUUUCCCCGAAGGAGGCCGAGUCAUUCAAGGGCAGAGUGCAGUGGUUUGAAAGUUUCUUGUUUGGCCGGACGGCAAACCUUGCCAUUCACCGACUUGGAAAAAGAGCCUUGAUUAAAGGUGGAAGGCAGGGACAUAAACUUGAUGCGGAACUACGAACCUCCUUGGAAUUCCUCCGACACAGGGUUGAACAUGGAGCUCCUCUUCAACUUACUGCCACAACGGAGCAGGCUAUUCUUAUCUUCACCGAUGGAGCCUUCGAUGAGGAGACAGGCAUCGGGUCAAUUGGUGGAGUCCUCUUGGAUCACACCGGCACAGCACUCAGCUACUUCAGUGAGCGGGUCCCUAACCUGCUGAUGGAACUUUUCCUGAAAGAGGCGGAAAAUCCAAUUUACCUGGUAGAGCUGUUGGCGGUGCAUGUUGCCGCCUUCCUUUGGGGUGGACAGACGUUUGGCAGGUACAUAGUGAUGUACAUUGACAACGAAGCCUCCCGAAUGGCCUUGGUCAAAGCCUACUCCUCCACCCUUCUUGGAAACGUUGUGAUCCAACUCUUCGUGCAAGAAGAAGACCAACAUCAAUGGAAGGUGUGGUUUGGAAGAGUUUGCAGCCACUCAAAUAUAGCUGAUGGCCCUAGCCGCGGACAUGUUGAAGACAUGAAAGCUUGUGGGGCUAAGCACAGCCAGUGCGCAUGGGACGUGGUCAUAUGCUCACUGGAAGCAGUCGAGCACAGGCUCAGAUGGGGGUGA